UGUUGGUUUUUCAUAGUGUACGAACGUGUAAAUAAAAUGCCUCGUCCCAAGAACAGUGUGCUGCGUUCCUAUUUUGAAAUAACAAGGGAUAAUCUAGCCAUUUGUAGACAUGAUAAAUGUGAUAAUAAACUAUUAAAUACACAUGCGGGAAAUCUGGAACGACAUUUGAAAAAAAUUCAUCCGGUUAUUUUUGAAAGUUACGUUAAAAGAAAAGGUCGUCGUGGUGGUGCUUUAAUCACUAAUUUUAAAAGUGAAGUUUUAUCUACUAGUCCCAGUCCUAGUGAUGUUUUAACUACUACUACUACUACUAGUUUUGAACGUGAGGCGACACCUAAAUUGUCUUCUGCAGUAAAUAAGGAACACAUACAAAUGGCUCUAGUAGAAUUAUUUACGAAAUGCGGCAGACCUCUUAGUAUGGUGGAAGAUCCACCAUUCAAAAUGCUUGUAACUCCAAUAUUAGAAGCACUUGAUAUGAAAUUAAAUGAACGUAGUGUAAUGAAAAAUAUUACUCAAUAUUCUAUUAACUUAAAGAAUGAAAUUAUGGAAGAACUUCGGGGAAGAUUAAUUUCGUUGAAAAUUGAUGCAGCCACUAUGAAUUCUAUAAGUGUUCUAGGUGUAAAUGUACAAUAUAUUAAAGACAAUAGUGUGGUAAUUAAAACAAUUGCCAUAAAACAACUCACUCAACAGCUGACAAGCGAGUAUUUGAAAAAUAUAAUACUGGAAGUUCUUAAUUCCUAUGAGAUAAAUUUAAAUCAAGUGGUCACAAUAACAACCGACAAUGGAGCUGAUAUGGUUAAGACCGAUAAUGAUUUAAAUGACGAUAUAAGCAGUAGUAGCUCAGAUGAAGUUUGUAUGGACUACGAUUUGUCAAUGGAUAAUAUAACUAAUGUUCAUUGUGGAACCCACAUUUUGCAAUUGUGUGCGUCAGAAGUAAUGAAAUCUACUGAUAUUAAGCAAAAACUUGACAGUAUUAGAGCUUUAAUAAAAAAGCUUAGAACACAAAAAUAUAUAAAUUCGAUAAAAUGUGGAGACUAUAAAAUGCCGUCAUUGGAUAACGUAGCCAAAUGGAGCUCCACAUAUCUCAUGCUGGAGCAUUUUGUAGCCUUAAAAGUAUUUAUUGAUGAUAAUUUAGAUAUUUCCGAUGAUAUUUGGACUUUCGCUGAUGAGUUUAUAAAAGUAUUUCAAGUUAUUUAUACAGCAACAAAAAAAUUACAAAGUGAAAACUUGAUAUAUAGCGAUCUCUAUAUUGAAAUAACGAACAUAACCAUACAAUUGGAUAAUCUUCCGCAUUCGAAUUUGAAGCUGUAUUUAACAGAAAGUUUAAAUAGACAAAAAAACAAAUUGCUUGAAAAUGAUUUAUUUGUAACCGCCAUCUAUCUGGAUCCGAGAAUAAAAGUUUGUCUGACGUCUAAUCAGCGCGAAAGUGCUAAGAGCUGUAUAAAGCAAUUACAAAAUCGUUUAUUAAAUUUAAAUGAUUAUGAUGACUGUGUAACAAUGGAAUCCGUAGAAACUGAAGAAAGCCCAACAAACUCACCCUUAACUGUAAGCAACGCUGUUGAUGAUGAACUUGAGGAAUAUUUCAAGUCUUUUGAAAAAGCUUCCAACAUGGAUAUUUCUACCACAUCCCAUUCAAUUGAACAAGAUAUUUUAAUAUAUGAAAAUCAAAAUCGUUUGGGUAUAAAGGAAAAUAUUAUUGAUUAUUGGAGCAAACAGAAAAAUGCUUUAUCCGAAAUAGCUUACGUAGUACUGGCAAUGCCCUGUACUCAAGUAAGUGUUGAAAGGUUAUUUUCGGCCCUUAAAUACAUGUUAUCCGAUCAGCGUAAUAAACCGAGCUCUACAAAUUUAGAGCAUAUUUUGCUAGUAAGGGCGAAUGGGCACUUUAUUUAUGAUUAGUUUAUAUUUUUUAGUUUUAGUUUCCAAAUUUUAAAUUUGGCAUUAAUUUUAUGAAUUAUUUUUAAAACUACCUUUUUUUAAAUAAACAUCAACAAAAA